AGGAGGAGCUUUGCAGGCAGUCUUAAAAACUGCAGCGUAGCAGUGGAGUUCAACAUACUUGGCUCUGGACAGAGGUAUCACACAGUGAACCGAGGAUCUGAGUUGAGUCUCCUGGCCUUAAAGGGAACAGCAUGUCUGAAAUGCAUGACAACAUUUUUACAAAGAACCUUUUGAACCUGGCCUUAGAUGAUGCCUUCCUUCAAAGACCGUCCCAGCUAAAAGUCCCUGGACAUGGUCGACUGAACCGAUCCACCUCAUUCUUCUCACCGCCCUCCCCGCCCGCCUCUUCCAAUCUCAGUCUCAGCACAGAUCAUAUCAACGAUGAUGACAGCGGCACCUCGCUGUGGUCAUCAAACAUCUGGAGCCAGGCCCCCAGUCUCCAAACCAAAACAUCUGCUCUGCAGGGACGCUCCAUGAGCUUAACAGAGUCCAACAUUUCCCUACUCUCCACUUUUGGACACCUGAAGAACCUGGAAACCUUUCCCUCAGGACCUGUCACAACAGUGGCUCCUCCACCAGGCUUCCCACCUGCCUCCAACCUGUCUGCCCAGGUGGCACCUAUGCUGUCCCCUAACCGUUAUAAAACUGAACUCUGCCGAGGCUUCCAGGAGACGGGCAGUUGUAAAUAUGGCAGCAAGUGCCAGUUUGCCCAUGGUGAAGCAGAGUUGCGUGGAAUGUAUCGCCACCCCAAGUACAAGACAGAGCCUUGCAGAACCUUCUACAACUUUGGGUACUGCCCGUAUGGAUCUCGCUGCCAUUUUAUCCAUGAGGAAAAAGUCAGCGGAGGCCAACUAACAACUGGCAAGUUCCAGACUAUGCGCCAGCCAAACCCCAACACAACCAACGGUCAGAAUCCACGCCACCAACUCCGCCAGAGUGUCAGCUUUGCAGGGUUCCUGGGCUCGUCACGAGCCUCCCCUCCACCGUCAUUCCCGACAUCCUUCACUGAUCCAAACCUAGGCUUCAGCAGGGCUUCUUCCGUGUCUCCACCUCCAGCAGAUCUGAUGUCUCCUGUGUUCGGUGACUCCCUCACGCGGGAAGUUGCAGCAUUCCAGUUUGGCACCCAUCAAAGCCGUGCCAGCUCUGGAGACAUACACAAGAUUCCUCUAAUAGUGGAGCCAAAGGCCUCACGCUGCACAUGCGGCCAUGGGAAUGACAUCUCUGCCUUGCAUAGCAACAACGGCCGAGUCUUUGCCAAGAUGAUGGACGACAACCAGCAGGACAGCAGUGCCUUGAUUGCAGGCUCGGGCCUCGGCGGAUCAAUGAAACACACUAGUCUGCAGCGUUUCUCCUCUGAGGAUUCCCUGGAAGAUAGCUACAGCAGCAGCAGUGGAGGUUCCAGCGGGUCUGAAUCUCCCACUUUUGAUGUAUCGGCCACCAAAAGGCUCAUUGUAUUUGAACGUCUGUCUUUGUCCGACUAGGAGAAACCACGGAAAGGAACUGUUUAUGUCUAGUCUUUCUUCAGAACCAGAACUAAUUAAGAGAAAUUAACUUUGAUGAAAUAAUAACACUUAAUGUUCUUAAUUAAUGUUUGUCAAAUGUAAGCUUGACUUGGAGAAAGAAAUCACUCUUGCAAUACAAAAACAAACUGUCAAUGUAAGUGUAGCAAAUUAGACCUUUUUAUAUGGUCUUCCAUAGAUUUUGACUAGGCUAGCAAGAUGGCCGCUUUUCAAAUUCCCAACUGUAUUGAUCAAAACUGCUCAUGAUUGGGGACAAUCUAUGGUAUCGUGCCUUAUAUAUUCUCCCUGCCUCAAUAGCCAGUGCUCCUCAGUGCCAAGAACAGUAUGUUUGAUAACGUGGCUUUCAUUUGAAAGACUACAUGUGUAUGAUUGAUGACAUUUUAUCUGUGACAUGCACUUUACAGCAAAUUUAAGAGGGAGAAAACUAUUUCCCUGUAGCAUUCAACCAAAGCUUCAUAUUUCACUCUGUGUGUGCCUAUGUUUGUGUGUGGGCCUGUAUGUUUGAGUGAAUAACAAUCUUUGUUUUUUUCUAAGACCAGGGGUACAAGCGGAUGCAAGAUCAAAGUGCACAACAAAAAAUUAGAUGUCAAAUGUAAAUACAUGACCCACUUGUAACAUUUUGAAAUCUUCGGUUUCUUCACGUCCCCCCCUGUACACUCUUCUAAGGUACCCUGUUUUGAUUGACAGCCUGGUUCAGGGACUUGAACACAGUAUUCCUUUUGGUUAUUGGUUGUCUCGCAUUGUUUAACUUAAAGUAAUAUAUUUAUUAUAAUAUUUAUUUCUGUUUAAAUAAAAAAAAAAAAUGUAUUUUGUACUUUAUUUAUGAAGAAUUAUUCCAUGGUCUGUGAACUACCAAUGUGACAAAGGGAUUUAAAAAGAGAUUCUUAUAUUUUUAAUUGUCAAAAUGUAUGUAAAUAAAUUUCUGAAUAAGCAAA